CAACAUCAAGCGAACCCACAUCGUCGUUCAUUACUUUGCUGCUCGUUCAAUCAAAACCCAUUCAAACAAACGCUCAUCUCGUCGCUCAUUCUCUUGUGACACACUCUCGUGACAUUAUCACACUCGUUACCCACAUCCUCUCUGAUCAGGAAACCCUAGAUAGAAAUGGACGCCAGAGCCCACAAGCGGGUCUCCAUGGCUCACGCUGCUCAUGCGGCCGGAAUCUUCGCGGACAUGUCGGUUGAUGGCCCAGCGAUUGGCACGCUGGUCGUCAUUGUUGAUCGCGCGAAAAACUUGCCAAAUAGAAAAACAAUGGGCAAGCAGAACCCAUACUGUGCUGCUCGCCUUGGAAAAGAAGCCAAAAAGACGGAGACCGACGUGAGAGGAGGCCAAACUCCCAGAUGGGACCAAGAACUUCGCUUCACCGUACACGGGUCUCCGGACUAUUUCAAACUCAAAGUCUCGGUCUUCAACGACGAGAAGAAAACCGAUUUGAUCGGUGAAACCUGGAUAGAUCUCAAGGAUCUCAUCAUCCCCGGUGGCAGUCAGAACGAUCACUGGCACCCCUUGCAGUUUCGAGGAAAAUACGCCGGCGAAGUGCGCCUCGAAAUGACUUAUUACGACACAAGACCUGAAGACGAGGCUGUGAUCGAAAGACGAACACACGCAGUUGAUAGGAUUCACACAAAGAAGCCUAGCUCAGGUUCAGUUUCGACCAGCUCGAGUUCAGUUUUGACUGGCUCAGGUUUAGUUUCGACCAGCUCGUCUUCCCUUUCUGGGCCGAGGCAGUUGAAGGACGUGAAGAGACGCCCGUUGCCUUCGGACUCCCGCUCUGGCAGCUCGAACUCUGGUUCGGAAUCAGUUUCUUAUUUUACUGACCACUGUGAACUCGCGGGGAGCAGUUCAGUGGUGACAGAAAGCUCUGGAAGCUGGCCAGCGGCUCGCCAUGUGGAAUAUGCUAAAACCCCCCGAGUUGAAAAUAGCUCGGACACGGGCAGUUGGCCCGCCUUGCGACACGUCGAGACAGUAGAAGCGGAGCGGUACGACACGGAUGACUCAGCCCGCUAUACAACGUAUCGCAGCUCGCCUGACAUCAACAAAUUACUGGACAAGGAUGGGUUUGUAAAAGACUGGAGACAUUGGGGAGUGAAAUACAACUCGCUGCCGUCUACCUCCGAGGAGAGCUUUAGUCCAUUGCGUCCGGAAUAUUCACAUACGAGGGAACGCGCCGACCAUGGAUUUAGCCCUUCACCUUUCUCCGAUAUGUCCACCUCUGCUCAUGCAUUGCUGCAACCACGAGUGGAGGACGAAGAAGAAGACGGACCUCCACCGCCGCCACCUGUUCACCGUUCAAUCCCCGAUUACCAAAUUGUCCCUCGGAGGAAGUCGGUGAGCCCCCAACCCCCAUCGAUGACGGGGCGGGAGGCGUCUCCUAUUCCCUUUUCACCGGAUUCAUACGGCGCCGAAGCGGCGCGGGAGCCGGGUCCGAUUAUCGGCGAUGACGGUCGAGAAAUUGAUCCAUCCGACCAUCUUCCCACCAAUACAUGGGCCCCAGAGCCUGAACGCAAAACCAAAAAGCCGGGCGUGGUUGUGCGCUUCCGCAACCCUCUUUAUCGCGGUCCUCCAACGGACUACGGGAGUUCCGCGUCCGAAACAUAUUCGACUAGUUCCUCCUCGAGCUUAUAUGCGCAACACAGCAACCCAUUGAUCCCAUCUACGGUCCCAGUGGGCAUUCCGAAUGGAAAUUAUGGAAACAUGGAUGGCAAUAUUGACGCCCUGAGUCGGGAACUUAAUACCAUAGACAUUGGUUCGGGCAGGAAAUUGAAGUAUGCCCUUCUUCGAUAGAUGCUGUUUACUUUGGCGAUUAGGUAGUCUUGUUUUCAUUGGCGGUUAAAUAGUCUUGUUUUCUCUGGCGAUUAGAUAGUUUUCUUUUCUUUGGGGGGUUUAGAUAGCUUUUUUUCUUUGGCGGUUAGAUAGUCUUUGUUUCUCUGGGCGAGUAGAUAGCUCUUUUCAUUCUUAUGAUACCAUUGUUACCGUUGCUGAAUUAACUAUGUUGAUGUGUUU